UUCUCUGCCUGACUCGGGAAGCAGCUGGCGGCUCCAUGGCUGCAGAAGCAAAAGAAAGUGAGGAACUCAAACCCCAGGCGGAAGAAUCAGAGGAAUCAGAUUCCAGCGAAGAAAACAGCAGUGCAUCAGAAAUGGAUUUUCUGCGUGAUCUUUUUUCCCGGACGCUGGGCAUUGGUACUCCGGAAAAAGUCCUUGAUGAACUAACCCUUGAAGGAGUAAGCAAAUUCAUGCUUAGCGACAAAUGCAAGAAUGUUGUGUUUAUGGCUGGAGCAGGCAUCUCAACUUCUGCAGGAAUCCCUGACUUUCGUUCACCAGGCAGUGGACUAUAUUCAAACCUUCAAAAGUACAACUUGCCAUAUCCAGAAGCCAUAUUUGAAAUUGGAUUCUUUAAGCAAAAUCCAGAACCAUUUUUUGCUCUGGCUCGAGAACUGUAUCCUGGUCAGUUCAAGCCAACUAUUUGCCAUUAUUUUAUGCGUCUGAUGAAAGAAAAAGGAUUGUUACUGCGGUGCUACACCCAGAACAUAGAUACACUUGAGCGGGUAGCCGGCCUCUCGUCUGAUGACUUGGUAGAGGCUCAUGGAACUUUCUACACCUCUCACUGUGUUGGAACAUUUUGUGGAGAGGAGUAUUCUCUUUCUUGGAUGAAAGAAAAGAUUUUCUCUGAUCUGAUCCCUAAGUGUGAAAAGUGUAACAAUUUGGUCAAGCCAGACAUUGUAUUUUUUGGGGAAAGCCUUCCAUCCCGCUUUUUUUCUGCUUUGAAAUCUGAUUUCCCCAAGAUUGAUCUCCUUAUUGUAAUGGGAACAUCACUACAAGUUCAGCCAUUUGCUUCUCUUGUUGGCAAAGUGCCUAGUAAGACACCGCGUCUUUUAAUCAACAAAGAAAAAACUGGUCAGGGAGACUCAUUUUUUGGACUGCUCGGUUUAGGAGGCGGAAUGGACUUUGAUUCAGACAAAGCUUACAGGGAUGUAGCCUGGCUUGGAGACUGUGAUGAUGGUUGUCUUGCCUUAGCUGAAUUCUUAGGAUGGAAGGCUGAACUGGAAGAAAUGGUGAAGAAAGAACAUGCAGCUAUUGACGCAGCAUCUAAGAAAACAGACAGCACCCCAGGAAAGCUGGAAACAAAAGAAUCGCCUGAGAAAAAUCAAGAGGAAAAACCAUCAGAAUAGAACAUUUCAAAAGUCAUUGUGAUUUUUUUUCUUUUCACUUUCAUCCGUGCACCCUUAACAGGUGCCAUUCUCUAAAUUAAAUAUACUUUAUGGCACUUUAUGUACAGGUAUUAAAAUGAUGAUGUCAGAAUUCAG